AUGUUUUUCACUAUUUUGAUUAUAGCGGUCAUAUUAGUGGCUAUAAUGUUAAUAUUACCUUAUGCAUCUGGUUUAACAAAGAUAGAAAUCGAUAGGUCACAUCAUCAAUCUCUGAAAAAGUCAUCUCCAUUGUCAUCACAAGAACACAAACCUCCACAACAAUAUUAUGGAUAUGUUCCACCAGAUGAGAUACAAGAUUUUGAUGAUCAAACUAAUGAACAGCAUCAUUCUUUAAAAGACAGAGCACAUUUAUUAAAAGAAAAACUUCAAGUCACUGCCGAUGACAUACCACUUAAAAUCAAACUAAACAAACCUGAUAGUAUUAACACCGCUGAUGGUAACAGUAGUGGAUUGAGACAUAGAAAGAGAGAGAAAUUGGACCUUGACAAUAAUCCAAACACUUUUGAUUAUGACAUUGACGAAUUGAUUGCUGAGGAGAAUGAUUUGGCAAGAAAAGAACAACAACAGGAAUUUUAUAAAGACCAAAUAAUCGGUAAAGAAAAAGAAGAAAUGGUUUAA